AUGGAGCAUAGCAAAAAACUAGAAGUAUGCUGCAGAUUGGAAAAUAUCCAGAUGGUCAACCAAGGCAAGUACCUGGGUCUUCCAAUGGUGAUAACAAGAACGAAGGGCCAAAUCUUUGGUUUCAUCAGAGACAAUAUUAAAAAGAAUUUAGGAAGCUGGAAGCAGAAGUUGUUAAGUCAAGCAGGGAAGGAGGUCUUAUUAAAACCAGUGACUCAAGCAAUGCCUACAUAUGCUAUGUCAUGCUUCAAAUUGCCUCUGAAACUAUGCAAGGAACUCAGUGCAAUGAUGGCAAGGUACUGGUGA